CACUCCCUCCCCGCCUGCGCAGCAGCAGUGGGCGGGGCCCUGAGCCCUCCACCAAUCGGAGCGCCGCGAGCGGGGGGCGGGAGCCAAUGAGGGGCGAGCGCGGGCGUUGGGAGCGGAGAUGGCGGCGGCGCCGAGCGGCCCUGAUGGGGAGAACGGGACCGGUGGGACCGGUGGGACCGGGACCGGGGCCUCCCCCGAACCCGAGGCUCCGGGCCGCUCCCAGAUCUUCGCCACCGUGGUCGACACCUUCCUGGAGAAGCUGGUGGAGGCCGGGAGCUACCCGCGCUUUGCUCACUGCUAUCAGGGAUUCUCCUCGCUCCGUCCCGAGGUUCUGCGCAGCCUCCACCGCCAGUUCCUGACCCAGCUCCAGAGCUGCAUCCGCGAGGAGAUCCAGGAGGUGAAGACCGAAGGGAAUCUGGAGCUGCUCUUUAAUUCCUUGGAUAAAAUCGUGGAAGAGGCAAAGGACCAGGAGGAGCCCGCGUGGAGGCCCAGUGGGAUUCCCGAGGAGGAUAUCCAGAGCUCCCUGAUCCCGUAUCUCCUGAAACACAGAGCAUUCCUGAGGAAAUUCCUCAAGGAAAAGGAAGAGGAGAACAGGAACAUCGCUGGGAUGGUGCUGGCAGGGAGGGAGAGGAUUGCGGAGCUGCGGGAGCUGAUCCGAGCCCGGAGGAAUUCCUGGCAGGAUCUCGGUAAAGAGAGGGAAGAACUCCUCGGGAUGUUCAGGAAAAUCCCAGGAAUGCCACAGGGAGUUUCUGCACCUUCUCCAGGAAUUCAUCCCUUUCCCUGAGGUGCUGGGAAGUGGGAUCCUAGUGGGAUUUUCCCAACCUCCUCUCCCAUUCCUUUGUCAGAGUGGGGCUGGAAAGCUCCCAGGUUGGAAGAAGGAAUAAAGGAAACCUUGGGAUCUUUGGGAAUGAGGAAUUCCUGGUCACUGCUCAGCUCUACAGGGAGGAGAAUCCCACAUCCAAAGUUUUUCUGGACACAGUGCUGGAAUUCUGCCUUCCUAAAGCCAAACCUGAGGGGAAAAAAGGGAUUUUCUUGAAACCUUUUGGGGUUUUUUUCCCCACCUGGAAUUUUCUUUUCCUCAGUGGAAUUUUCCCAGGCAGGGAAGGGCUGGAAAAAAAAUUUUUUUGGGAACCAGGAGAACUCCUGAGCCUGAGGGGGAGGGAAUGGGAAUUUUUUUGAGGACCAAAGGUUCUCCAGUCCCCCUCCUGGUGUCAGAAAUCAAAAUUCCCAACUUUUAAAAGAAAAUAAAUGAAAUUUUCCAACCUUUU